AUGAUUGUUCUUGAAAAAGUGUAUCUUGCCAAUGUUUUGUUGUAUUUUACAAGUUCCGCGGAUGUUGUGACUUUUAGUUGCAUUAGCAAAAAGUGCCAAGACGUUUUGGGGUUUAUUCGAAUCACACCAUCUUUCAUUCACAACUCAGAUGAAUUGGCAACUGCAGCCAAAAACUUUUUCAUGCAGUUUAAAUUGUUCCCCAACCUGGAGACAGUUGUGUGCAACAGGUAUUAUUUCACUGGGUUUAUCAAAGAACAGGUUGUAAGUGUUGUAAUGAAAAAUAUGAAUCUUUAUGACAUGCCAAAGGAGCUUCAAACGAGAGUCACAUCAUCAACAUUUUCAAUCAGCUGUUCAACCGUCGACUUUUCUCAGUUCCCAGAGUUAAAAAGAAUUUGCUUAGAUAUAUACAGCCUUCCACACUUUGCUGACUACUUCACCGAAAAGGAUAGGCACUUUGAUUUCCUCAGGAUUAAGGUGCACAAUAACAACAUUGACAGUGACACUAUCAAAGAAAUCGCAUAUCUCAAUGUUGAAAAAAUCGUUUUCGAUAUCACUGAUUGCCCAGACGUUUCUAAGUUUUUAUCAAAGCAAAACCUUCCCCAAAACGUUUUUAUUUUUUCAGAAAACUACAACAAUCGUCUAGUCGGUAAUGUUCUUGUUAAAAAUACACCACUGACUGUUAUAAGUGGUGUUUUAUCACCGCAGAUGCUUUCAGAUUAUUUCUGUGCCUCUCUCAGUUUCAGGAACCGUGUUGACGAAUCGUGGGAUUUUCGGGACAUGACCCAACUCGAAGACUUGUCUUUUACAGAACAACCGACGACUAUAUUUCCUUCGACCCUCACUUCCCUUCACGCUGAUUAUUUUGACGAUUCGAUGAAACUCCCUUGUCUUCAAUCUCUUUCGGUCAAGCAAGUAACUGGAUAUCUUCCCAUGACUUUAACGAAACUCUGUGUUUCAGACAAAAACUGUGUUUUUCCCGAGGGUAGUAUGUUUUCUUUUCUCCAAAAUCUCGGUUCAUUCGAAGUUUCAUUCCGUCCGUCUCAAUCUCAGACACUCGAUGACAUGUUGACAUCUUUAACUUCACUCUCGUUGUUUCCCUCAAAUUCUCAAAACAAUCUUAAUGAAUUCUUCAAAAAAGUUUCUAAUCUCAAAAAGCUGGAAUGCUCUUUUGAAAAUCUUCCACUGUCUCUUCCAUCACUCGAGUGUCUCAAAAUCGUUACACUCAACUCAAUUUAUCAAGAGCCAAUCUCCUUAUCUCUCUUUUCCAAUCUCACUGAACUCAAUAUAAACGCAACUGGAAAUUGCCCCAAAAUCGACUUUCCCGAAAGUGUCACUUUUCUCUCAAUCUGCCAACGAAGCGCUGCAGAUCUUUCUCAACUCAAAAACCUCAAAAUUCUUGUCGUUUACUGUUACUCGUGUACAGUAUUUUUGCCCCCUCAUAUCGAAAUGCUUGUUUUGAAUUCGGCAAUGAUCACUUGUACAUCAGAAUGCACUGUUGAUUACUUAUUUAACUCUGCAUACUUCCCGCCGUUCAACCAGCCAAGUGUGAAAGUUUUCCACACAUCUACUCUUUUUUGUUAG